UAUGCACAGGGGGCUCACUGCUUGUCACAGGUUGUGUGUGGGUGCACGUUCACAGGGGAAGGCUGCUUUGUGCUAUUAGGCUAUACAGAAAUCCGGCUGAGUAAAACAAAAUGGCUGCAGCACAUCGUCUGGUCAUCGUCCGCCAUGGCGAGAGCGAGUGGAACCAGCACAACCGCUUCUGCGGCUGGUUCGACGCCGAACUGAGCGAGAAGGGCAGGGAGGAGGCCAAGUGUGGCGCCAAGGCCAUCAAAGACGCCGGUAUGAAGUUCGACGUGUGCUACACCUCGGUGCUCAAGCGCGCCAUCAAGACCCUGUGGACCAUCAUGGAGGGCACCGACCAGAUGUGGCUGCCCGUCAUCAGGACCUGGCGCCUGAACGAGCGCCACUACGGCGGCCUCACCGGCCUCAACAAGGCUGAGACCGCCGAGAAGCACGGAGAGGAGCAGGUCAAGAUCUGGAGGCGCUCCUUCGACACCCCCCCACCUCCCAUGGACAAGGACCACAACUACCACAAGAUCAUCAGUGAGUCGAGGCGCUACAAAGGCCUGAAGGCUGGAGAGCUGCCCACCUGUGAAAGCCUGAAGGACACCAUUGCACGAGCACUGCCCUUCUGGAAUGAGGUCAUCGCUCCCGAGAUCAAAGCUGGCAAAAACGUCAUCAUCGCAGCCCAUGGCAACAGUCUCCGUGGCAUCGUGAAGCACUUGGAGGGUAUGUCUGAUGCAGCCAUCAUGGAGCUGAACCUGCCCACAGGCAUCCCCAUCGUGUAUGAGCUGGACAAGGACCUGAAGCCCAUCAAGCCCAUGGCGUUCCUGGGAGACGAGGAGACCGUGAAAAAGGCCAUGGCGGCAGUGGCUGCACAGGGCAAGGCCAAGAAGUGAACAGGAGGAUGAGACGAGAUGAAAAAAAAGACUGACAGCACCCCACAGCCUACCACUUUCACCUCGCUCUCUUUCAAUGUUAUUCUGCCAGUGCUGGAAGCCGACCUGGAGGAGAGCUGCUCCGGAUGUAACAUACAAAGACCUCACAAGCUGUUUUUUAACAAUUACGGACAAAACCAUUUGUUGACGUGCAGGUAAAUGUGGCUAUCUUCAUCAGCAGCUAACACACUACAUUUUCACUGUCUGAUACAGACACUCUUUCAAACACACACACACACACACACAACACUAUAUUACACACAGGCCUUUAAGUGUUCUGCCCAUCCUUGAUCCGGAGCACGCCACUCUGACACAGCAAAAUAAAGUGACCACCAUUUUGUUUA